AUGGCGGGCGCGGGGUGCGGCGUCGGCGGCGUCCGGGCAGGACUUUGCCCUCCGGGCGGCUUCGAGCAGCUGGAGCUGGGGCGGCUCCGUGACCCGCUGGGCGGCGGCGGGGGCUCUUCUGGCUCGCCAUCGCCGCCGCUUUCUUCUUGCUCGAGACAGGCCUGGAGCCGGGACAACCCGGGCUUCGAGCCUGAGGAGGAAGAAGCGGCCAGGGCCAAGGCGGCGAAGGCGGCGGCGGCGGGCCCCGUGCUGCAAAUGGACGUGGAAUGGGGCCGCGGCGGGGCAGCUUCGCCGUCGCUUUCCUCCGGGAGCCCCAGCGGCCGAGGCGGCGGCGCCGAAAACGUGCCGCCCUCGCGUUUCCCCCCGGACGAGGCGGACGGGGAGCCCGCGGAGCCCCCGCCUCACCGCGUCGCCUGGGCCAAGGGGCUGGCGCGCCGCCUGCGAGGUCUGUGGGGUACAAGGCUAAUGGAAGAAAGCACAACCAGAGAGAAAUACCUUAAAAGUGUUUUACGAGAACUAAUCACAUACUUGAUUUUUCUCCUGAUCCUGUCUAUCUUGUCUUAUGGAAUGGUGAGUUCUAGUAUGUACUACUACACAAGGGUGAUGUCACAGCUCUUUCUAGACACACCAGUUUCAAAAACGGAGAAGACCAACUUCAAAACUUUGUCCACAAUGGAAGACUUCUGGAAGUUCACUGAGGGCCCUUUGCUAGAUGGACUGUACUGGGAGAUAUGGUACAACAAUAAAACAGUGGCACAAAAUAGAAGUUUCAUCUACCAUGAGAACCUGCUUUUGGGAGUGCCUCGCAUCCGGCAACUGAAAGUGAGGAAUGGCUCGUGUUCAAUACCUGAAGAUUUAAAAGAUGAAAUUAAAGACUGCUAUGAUGUUUACUCUGUGGGUAAUGAGGACACUGCUCCAUUUGGGCUCCGCAAUGGAACUGCUUGGACUUACACCAGCGAAAAAGAUCUGAAUGGGAGCAGCCAUUGGGGGUUGAUUGCAACCUACAGUGGAGCUGGCUAUUACCAGGAUCUUUCCAGAAGCAAAGAGGAGACCACUGCAUUAAUUUCUGGUCUUAAGAACAACUUGUGGCUUGACAGAGGCACAAGGGCAGCAUUUAUUGAUUUUUCAGUGUACAAUGCAAAUAUCAAUCUCUUCUGUAUUAUCAGAUUAUUGGUGGAGUUCCCACCAACGGGAGGUCUCCUUACGUCUUGGCAAUUCCAGCCAGUGAAGUUGAUCCACUACAUUUCUACUUUUGACUUCUUCCUGGCUGCCUGCGAAAUUGUUUUUUGCCUCUUUAUUAUUUAUUACAUGGUGGAAGAAAUCCUGGAAAUUCACAUUCACAGACUGUUCUAUUUCAGGAGUCUUUGGAAUUGUCUAGAUGUUCUCAUUAUUGCGCUAUCACUGGCAGCUAUAGGAAUUAAUAUAUAUCGAACGUCUACUGUGGAUAGGUUACUGAAGGAGCUGCUCGAAAAUCAGAAUAGCUUCCCCAAUUUUGAGCCUCUAGCAUACUGGCAAACACAGUUCAACAAUAUUGCAGCAGUCACCAUGUUUUUCGUCUGGAUGAAGCUCUUUAAAUUUGUCAGCUUCAACCGAACAAUGAGCCAGUUAUCUACCACGAUGUCACGAUGUGCCAAAGAUGUUCUUGGCUUUGCCAUUAUGUUUUUCAUCAUUUUCAUGGCCUACGCUCAGUUAGCCUAUCUUGUGUUUGGUACACAAGUUGAUGACUUCAGUACCUUUCAGGACAGUGUAUUUACUCAGUUCCGCAUCCUGUUGGGAGAUUUUGACUUUACAGAGGUUGAAGAAGCUAACAGAGUUUUGGGACCAGUUUAUUUCACUACAUUUGUGUUCUUUAUGUUCUUCAUUCUUUUGAACAUGUUUCUGGCCAUCAUCAAUGAUACAUACUCAGAAGUCAAAUCGGAUAUGGCACAGCAGAAGUCUGAAAUGGAACUGUCAGAUCUUAUAAAAAAGGGAUACACUAAAGCCAUGGUGAAAUUAAAAUUGAAAAAAACACCAGUGGACGACAUUUCAGAGAGUCUACGACAAAGUGGAGGCAAAUUAAACUUUGAUGAACUACGGCAAGACCUGAAGGGAAAGGGACACACUGAUGCUGAAAUUGAAGCCAUCUUCACAAAGUAUGACCAAGAUGGGGACCAGGAAUUGACUGAGUUGGAGCAUCAGCAAAUGAGAGAUGAUUUGGAGAAAGAGAGGGAGGACUUAGAGCUAGACAGAAGCUCUCUGAACCGCCCACUGAGUGGCCGUAGCUUCCCACGGAGCCUCGAUGACUCUGAAGAAGAUGAUGACGAUGACAGUGGACACAGCUCCAGGAGGAGAGGCAGCAGCUCAAGUGGUGUUUCGUAUGAAGAGUUUCAAGUGUUGGUGCGGCGAGUGGAUCGCAUGGAGCAUUCCAUAGGCAGCAUCGUUUCUAAGAUUGAUGCUGUCAUUGUGAAGUUGGAAGCGAUGGAGAGAGCAAAACUGAAGAGGAAAGAGGUGUUGGGGAGGCUCCUGGAUGGGGUCACAGAGGAUGAAAGGUUGGGCCGGGACAACGAAAUCCACAGGGAUCAAAUGGAAAGACUCGUACGAGAAGAACUGGAGCGCUGGGAAUCAGAUGAUGCAGCAUCCCAAGCAAGCCACCGAUUGGGAACCCCAGUGGGGCUGAACGGCCAGUCUCGGGCUAGAGGCUCCCGCCCGUCUUCCUCGCAGUCAGCAGAAGGCAUUGAUGGGGGAAGGAGCGGAAGUGGUGGGAACAACGUCCACGUCUAGCAGCUUAAAGAAAUGCCCAGAAGUAAUGAAUUGGCUAAAUAGCAGGGUGGUCUGUGACACACAGCUUCAGUAAGCAGAGAAACAGCUUAGCUGCUGUUUCUAUUUCCUAAAAUUAGGAGAUACAGCAACUUAUUAUGUCUCCACCUGCAUUUUAAGGACCAGAUAUUUAUUUAAAAUUAAUGCUUGAACUCUGAUCCAACCAUUCAGACUGAAAUGGCAUACAUUACCAGAACGCAAUGGGUCAACACUAGUAAUGUUAAUUAUCAGUUCAUUGACUAACGUUCCAGUCCUAUGCACACUUUCCUGAGAGCAAACCCCAUUGAGUAAACCCCCUCCAUAAAAUUAUGUGAAUAAGGCAGGGUGUUUCUAUGACAGAAACUUUGUCUGGAAGCACCGGUAGUCUUUUGCCGACAGAAGAUAGUGCUAUAUUGAUAAUAACAACAAAAAUGAAAGAAACAAAAAACAUUCCAUCUGGAAAAGAGAGUAAUUAAAAAAAAAUGUCCCUUCCCAAAGCAAUACCCUUUCACUGACUAGGAAUGCGAAGAUUAUGGCUUGUUUGUAAAUAAGGGAUAAGGAGAGUGUCCAUACCAAAGACUAAAUAGCAAUCAUUUCCAAUUUCAAGAGAGGAGGGCAUUGUAUUAGUUAAUACAACAAUCCUAACCUAUUGCCAAAACAAUAGCCAGUGUAACCUCAUUUUUGUUUUGAAUCUGUUUGCUCGCACUCUCUCAGAACAGAGUGCUUGUCCCGCUCAGAAAUUCAUCUCGCAGGUCACUGGAAUUUCUUAUUAUUCAAGCAAGCAGUAGCUCUCAAAUGGUGAGGUGAGGCAAGUGUGCUUCCAGAUGUGAGUGAUUUUAUAGCAUCCAAUUGUUGUUCCACUUGCAGAAUGCCAACCUCUGGAAUCCAAAUAACAUUCUGUAACCAGACGGGCAGUUCCCAUUUCUCCAGCUUCAGAUGUUGCUGGGAGGCAAUUUUCAUCUGGACCAAAGCACAGGGAUGAAAGGGUUAACCAGUCUCUCAUUUGCAGCAAUCCUGACAGCAAUUUCUCCCCACAUUUGUGGAUGGGGAGGGUUAGAGAGAAUUUCAUGUAAAAGUAAAGUUGUUUGGAAAGAGAAGUGUCAUGUCUUCCAAAACGUCCCGCCUUAUUGGGAGGCAAUAAAGAGGUCUGCCACGUAAUCUACAAAGCUUUAUUCAGGCAAUAAACAUCUCUUCCCACCUGGAGAGAGUCUAACCUCUGAGGAAUACUGAUUUCCCACAGACUGUGGUGUUAACGUUUUCAGUGAUAAGGUCUGGCAAAGGUUCAUUCCUAGCUGGUGAAGAGCUUGUGAGAGUUACCUCUCCCACUCCUUGUGUAGGCUGGUAUGUUUCUGGCGCUGUCUCUUCUGCUUCAGAAUCUGAUUCUGAUUGAUCACCUGAAGCUCCUUCCCCCAGCCUAAAGGGAACAGGCCUAGUCAUGACAGGAAGUGUUAAAGUGAUAGAGCUGAUUUCUAGAGAGGAAGGACAGCGCAUAGAGAAGGAAAUUGCUAGAGCAACCUAUACCUACAAUAACCAGCCAAAAAGGCUAUUGAAUCACUGCAUGACAGGUCAUCUUCACCUGGGGAAAUUGUGCAGCUGCUCUGUUACAUUAAAAAAUAUAUCAGAUGCUCUUAGUCUGAAAAAGAAAGCUGAAGGGAGAAAACAUAGGAUGUUUUGUUCACUGCUUUAGAUGCCUUGUAAAAAGCAUGACCUCCCAUACCCCUUUCCAAAGAGUGCAAUAAUAGAAGCAAUGUGCCAGGGGGUUGGACUAGAUGGCCUUGUAGGACCCUUCCAACUCUGCUAUUCUAUGAUUCUAUGAUUCUAUGUAUGCUAGUUGUGACAGUUAAAGGGACCACAGAAGGGCCUUGGGUUUCCCUUUUCCUUCAAAGUUCUUGUUAGAAAUUUACAGCAUGGUCCCCAUGGGAAUUGUGCAGGGUGCAGUACCCAUGCUUACGUAAGAAGGGCCCUGCUGGAUCACACAGCAUUCUCUUCUCACAGCAGCCACCCAGGUGCCUCUGGGGAACCCCACAAGCAAAAAAUGAGUGCAACAGCACCCUCCCACGCGUGUUUCCCAGUAACUGACACGCAAAGGCAUACGGUCUCUGUUACUGGAGAUAAUGUAUAAGCAUCAUGACUAGUAGCCAAGAUUCCCUUCUGUUGUGGAACCUAAUCCUGUGUCUGUUUACUAAAAAUUAAGUGCCAAUGGAAAGGUAGGCUCAGUUGAGCUUACUCCCAAAUAAGUGCUGCAUUAAUUAUGUCUAAGGAGGCUUGAAGUUUUAAUCUUCUGAGGCUGAUGGUUUGAGACCCUGAGUGUUUUAAGAACUUUUCUCCAUGUGAUGACAUUUUUUCCAUGAUGAAGUGAAAGCUUGGCUGUGUGAAAUUAGCCAAGCUGUCAUCAUAUAAAUAUGAAAGGCCUGUGUUGUGAAUCAGUUUAGCAAGAGUGCAUUCCUAUUUGGCAAAGCCAGUGUAACGGCAUGACUAGAGUGCUGGACUUGGGCCAGGAAGAUCUGGGUUCAAAUACCUGCUCAGCUGUGAAGUCAUGAGAGUGGCUUUGGGCCAGCCACACCUACCUCGCAAGAGUUGUUGUGAGGAUAAAGUUGAUUCCCAUGGAUACAGCCCUGAGCUUCUUGGAGGAAAUGUAGGACACAGAUUCAAUCAUCUCUUAGUAGAAGCAAGCGUUCCACCUUAAGAACUUUCAUGGUCUCAUUAAGCCUCUGAAUCUUGAAUUAUAUGGAACCACAUGACAUUCUCAGGACAGCUCUGCUCCUGCCUUCUGUUACAACAUGAUUAUAGGGGAAUUGUCCUAUAGCUGAAGGAUACUUUAAAAAAUAGCCUACAUCAUUUCUUGUGAAAUAGAAGUUUCAAAACAAAUGUCUUCCGGGGUGCAGUCUUCUUCAUAGGACAAAAAAGUGGGGUGGUUCUGGUCAAAUAUUUCUCAAAGGAAUCUUUUGUAAAGGUUGUUUCAGUAAAAAUAAAUAAAUUAAAAAGCUGGGAAUUCAAAACUGCUGCUUCAGCCAACAAUGAAAUUGCACAGCAAAGCAAACCGACUUUCCUGAAUGGUUUGGAUUCUUAGGUGUUUAUUGCAAUCAGUUUAUGGCAAAAACUGGAAAGGCUGGGUGGUGGUGGUGUAGUAAGAGUGCAGAUCAGAUCAUUUGAGAUUUUGAAGCAUUAGAUGUGGUGCUUUUCCAAAAAAAAAAAAAAGCUCAAAGAGCAAUCUAGGGGCAUAUUCCAGUUGGCUUUAAUGCUGGGGACCAGAUGUGCUGUGUAGGGUGCUUCAGCCCAUACCGAUUAUGGUCCACAUGACAGACAAAGACCAGCACUAGUGCCAAGAAUAUCUCAACAAAACACGUUGUGCCUUUCCAUGUGCCAUGUUUGUAUUGGUGCCAAACAGUGGAGUGGGAAAUUGCCUUUGAAACAUGUUUUGAUGCGCUUGUUUUUAAAGUCCAAACUUCUUGGCCUUUUUACAGCCACCUCAAGUAUUUCAGUUGCAGUGUGUUAAUAGGAACACCAAAAUGUUUGCAUUCAUAAUCAUUUUAGUUUAUAUUUCUGUAACAUGUUGUUACUUAAUAACAAACUUCAUUUUGGAGUGCUAUAAGAUUUCAUGGGUUAUCCAUGCAUAAUGACAAUGUACAUACAAUUAAGGUAUGACAGCUAAGAUACAUGUUUUUGUAUCCUUUUAUUUCCCACCAUGUAAGUGUAGGCUUAUGAAUUGCCACCUUGUUUCUAUGAUGUCUUCAUAUCAAAGAAUAUAAAUGUUAUUUUAGAAAGUUGUUAAUUAUACAAGUCUUUCAUAGUGAUCAAAGAUGUAUUGGGUUAAUAGUGGCCACUUUCCCGCCUAAUAAAAGAU